UAACAAAGAAAAGCAAUAAAAUGAAUAGUGCUCACUAUCAAACGUUACUAUAAAAUAUUAUUAAAUAUACACGAGUAAAACAACUUUCUAAAAAAAACAGAAGUGCUGCAUUUUGUCAAUGGUAGUUGAGAAAAAUUGCGAUAAAAAAACUUUUCUUGUCUAUUGAUUCAUCCAUCGUUGCCCCACCGACUGAUGUGAAAUUUUCUCGAUAAAUUCUUUAAUUUAUCGUUUUAUAAGAAAAUUCUACUUAGAAUUGACGUAUAGACUAACAGGGCAAUCGUUAAAUUCCACUUAAUAUAGACUCGUGUCGCCAAACGGCUUAAACCCUCUUCGUGUAUGUCAUCUGUGCGUUCAUCGGGCGACAGCUUUCGAUCGGUUUCGCACGUCCUACAAUAAACAAUAGUUUGUUUUUGCGGCGUAUUCACGCGGGCGAUCGAUCGCGUGCGGUGUUGUGCAGUGGUAAUGGUCGGUGCAGUGGCGGCGGAGGCGGAGAUGCAUCAGUGAAGGGAAGGAGCGCUUGCAGCAGGGCUCGCCAGGGACUCAGAUGUUGGAGACGCGAACCGCGCGCGCCGCAGACUCGGUGUGGGCGAGCAAGCCGCUGCCGGCGCCGCACGCCAUGGCCAACCCGAGACAUGGGAAAAACGCUCAGGAGGACGUGUGCUACGUGGUCGCGAAAUACGACUACGCAGCGCAGGGUGCCCAGGAGCUCGAUCUCCGCAAGAACGAGCGCUAUCUCCUUCUGGACGACUCCAAACACUGGUGGCGUGUACAGAAUGCGCGCUCGCAGUCGGGCUACGUGCCUAGCAACUAUGUCAAGAAGGAGAAACCUUCGCUCUUUGACAGUAUUAAGAAGAAAGUGAAAAAAGGCUCCGGUUCGAAAACGCUACCUUCCAAUAGCUCGCCCGUCCGCGGCGGCACCGAGUCGCCCGGCGCGAGGCGCGUCGCUGAACCAACGGAGGCGCUCGGAACUGCUGUGGUCAAGUACAACUACCAAGCGCAACAACCCGACGAGCUGUCGCUGACCAAAGGCACCAGGAUCCUCAUCCUGGAGAAGAGCAACGAUGGCUGGUGGCGGGGGCAGUACCAGGGGCACACUGGAUGGUUUCCGUCGAACUACACGAGCGAAGAGGGCGACGCGGAAGAUCCGGUCCACACUUACGCUAUGGCGGAGAACGUUCUAGAUAUUGUAGUGGCAUUAUACUCGUUCACAUCGAAUAACGAGCAAGAACUAUCGUUUGAAAAGGGCGACCGACUAGAGAUCGUCGAGAGACCCCCCUCAGACCCCGAGUGGUACCGCGCGAGGGACUCCCGCGGCCGGCAGGGGCUUGUCCCACGCAACUACCUGCAGGAGCUCGCCGACUACCUCGCCAUGCCGUACAGUGAAGCGACGGAAGGCGGGCGAGCAGCGGCCGGCACGGGCGCGCAGGGCCGCGCCUGGUACUACGGCGCCAUCACGCGCACGCAGUGCGACACCUUGCUCAACCAGCACGGCCACGACGGCGACUUCCUCAUCAGGGACUCCGAGACCAAUGUUGGCGAUUUCUCCGUGUCCCUAAAAGCGCCGGGCCGCAACAAGCACUUCCGCGUGCACGUGUCCGGCUCCCUGUACUGCAUCGGGCAGCGCAAGUUCCCCACGCUCGACCAGCUGGUCGCACACUAUCAGCGGGCGCCCAUCUACACUAACAAGGCGGGCGAGAAGCUGUACCUCGUGCGCCCGCUGCCGCGCGCCGACCCGCCCUGCUGAGCGGCGCCGUCUGUACCACCGCCGCCGCUACACACUGGUAGCCGCCAUUUUACUUCACACUCUUUGCUUGGCUCCCAUCCUCAUCGGCUGCAAUAAUACCGUUAUAAUUCAUGUUAUGUCAUGUUCAGACAGGAAUCCGUGGGGCAAAAUUGUUUGACUAGUAGGGAAUUCCUGUAUCGAUAAACUCGACUAUCGAUGCUAGUUCUAUAUACUAGUGAUCACUCGAGGGUUUGCUUGUAAAAAUAUGUUUUUAUUAAGAGUAAAAAAAAAAUUUAAAUAAUAACUCAAUGUUUUUAAGACAAGACAAUUUUAUAAUACUCAUCCCAAUUUUUAGUAUAACCUCCACAGAAAUUAAAAAAUCAUUUAGCUACCUGAAAUGGAUUUAUCAGCAGAUACGGAGACGCUUGACGCCCGAAAAUAUGGAACAAAUUCUGGUCGUUUACUUUAACAGUAGUACAUGGGACAUUCACGAAGAAAAAAAUUGGGUUGAGUAAAAUUAUAAAAUUGUCUUGUCUUAAAAACGAAGAAGAGUAUAUUGAGUUAUUAUUUAAUUUUUUUUUUUCUCUUAAUAAAUACAUAUUUUUACAAGCAAACCCUUGAGUGAUCACUAAUAUAUAGAACUAGCAUCGAUAGUUAAGUUUAUCGAUACAGGAACUCCCUACUUGUCAAACAAUUGUACCUCACGGAUUCCUAUGUCUGGUAAUGCUGCAAUACUGGCGGCCAAACUGGCCACAUAUAUCGUCAUGUCUCCUUAUUUCUAUGGUAACCGACGUGUAUUACGAUAUUUUUCACCUCUUUGGCCGUCAUUAUGUACUUGAUGCCGAUGAACGACGUAAUGUUACCAUAAUCAAUAGGAAGGUACAUAUAGAACGAGCCGCAUCGCGAGGAAAUGGCCGCGCGAAGCUGCUCAAUCUCUGUACGCCUAAUACUGAUAAUGAAAACACUUUUACUUUUUAAUACAGUUGGCUAUAAAAACAACAAUUUACAAAAAACUCAAAGAUUCUAAGAAUUUAUUUGUAUAGAACACAGUUAUGAGGCAAAAUAAAAGAAAUCCGUGCAUUCAGUCUGCAUGCAAACGUGCAAAUAUUGUAAUUAUGUGUCUUUUGUUUUUAUCGCCAACUUCAUUUAUAUGUUUCACGUACUGUUUUCACUAAUCCGAGGGUAUUUAUUCAUAUCUUAUGAUAUUAGUAAAUAAAAAAAUCACUUCAUAAUAAUCGUUAAACGGAACGCGAAACCUAAAAUGGCGGAACCUAGCGAGGCGAAUACUAUAAUUAACAUUAGAUACCGUAAUGAAAUUACCGACUUUCAACGCUUCCUUUACUAAUAAUCCUCAUUUCAUUCAAAGUCAAUUUGUAAACAAUGUUUCAUUCCAGUAUACUGUACAAUUAAACUUUGCAGGGCCUUGUAUCAAAAAUUAUGUUUCGAUCUGACUUGGUUUUAGAAAUAUAACUUAAGUACUAAAAACAUUCAAUAUGAUAGUCAUGAUAUAUUAUUAAUUAUGCCAUUAGAAAGGAUCCUAAUCCCAUAAAAAUAAAAUGUGACCAAGUAACAGAUAUAAAUUAUAAAUAACAAAGCCCUGUUAAGUUUAAACAUGGCCACCUUGAUCGGUUAACAUGACGUCAAAUUGCAAAUAUUCUCAAUAAUUCAUUGUUUUUAAAUGAAAUAUUUAGGACGAAAAGAAAGAUCGCACUAAAAGUGACCGCCAUGUUGCCCGCGCCAAGCUUUAAUACGCAUUUCAUUUUUGCCAACCACACAUUGCAUCUCUUUUCUUUGGCGUACGAAAACAAGAGAUGCAAUGGCCUUUGGCCUUAUAAAAUUAGUCGAAACAGGGCCAGAAUGUUUCAUUAGUGACUUAUAUUUGUUUCAUAUAGUACAAGUUUAUAGGGUUUUUUAUACUAAUGAAAUAUCGAACCCCUUGAGUAAAUAUACUCGAAGUGCCGAUUUCGACUCCUACAAGAAAUUUUAACAUAUGCUUACUGUUUGUGUCUGUACCAUUAAGGCCUAACUGAGGAUAUGUCAUUUUAAAAACCCAAGUGACCCAUUCUCCACAUGCAUUAAAUAAAUAUUUUCAUUUCAUUAACUAACACAUUUAGUUAGUGAGUCAAAAAAACUUUUCGGGGUCAAUAUCACAGCCUUUGUGUCCCUCUAAUGUUUGUGUUCUUUUGGUUGUUUUUGUGUAAAGUAUAAUCAAACAAUUGGACUAGAAGGAUCAUUAAAAUGUAAACGCAUUUUUUCAAAACUGUUUCCUAAGGAAUUAGGCGAUCUGAAAGGCCAGUCAUAUUGAAUCUUAUUUCGAACAUGUUUUGACUGUAAACCCAUUUCGUGUGAGUUUACGUCGACUUUGUCUAAUCAUUUCAAUUUAUUUAAUACUGUAUUUUCAUGUACAUAAUAGGGAAUAAUUUAAGCUACCAGACUAUAUAGGUAUAUUUUCUGGUUUCAUGGGCCCGAUAUGAAAGUAAGACAUACCAAAGAGAAUUUGUAACAGAGGUAGAUUGUCAAAGAAAAAUUUGUAGCCACAGUAAAUUUACUGCCAUCUUUCUACAUAUGAUUAAAACUUUUAGAACAUCAAAAAGUGGCGCCAUCUUACCGGACGUCGGCUAAAGGUUGUAGCGCCUUCGCUCGAAAUGAUGUCGACAUACUAUCUUUGAUCUAUUAGAUGGCGCCACUGUUAUUUAACAACUGUAACACAUCAGUGGAAGAAUAAGGAUCAAAGUCAAAUGGCGUCUGAAAAGUUUUAAUCAUGUGUCGAAAGAUGGCAGUAAAUUUACUCUGGCUACAAUGUUUUUUUUUUUCACAACUCGCCCCUAUUUCAAAUUCUCUUUAGAAAUACUUAAAAUGUGUUAUUCUGUAAAUGAAAUUAUUUGUAGGAGCCCGAAUCGGCCUCUUGCCUAGUUUAAUACGGCGUUGAUGCAACGCCAAAAUAUUAAUAAUUACAAUAAUAAACCAAAAAUUGGCUUCUUUAUUGCAUCUCUAUUAGCGUAAGAGCAUUUUCUAUAUCAUAUUAUUUAGGUAAGUUACGAGUAGAGUAAUGUAAAAUGUUUUUAUAGUUCAUGUGUAGAUACGUGAGACGUGUGUGCGUCAUAGUUUAAAUGCUUCAUACAAAUUAAUAUAUGAGAUUGCAAAAAGGGCAGUUUGGUCAAGUUUGAUAUGUAAAUAAUUUAAUUAUAUUUUGACUCUUCAAGGUCUCAGAAAAGUAUAUAAAAAAUCACUUGACGCAGAGUCAGACCAAGAUAAGUUGGCAGCGAUUUUGACAACCAGACAGUGCAAGUGUUAUUUUAAUUUUUUAUGAAAUUAUGUCGUUUAUAUAACACUUGCACAGGCAGGGCUAUCAAAACCGCUGCCAACUUAGCUUAGUCUGACUAGUCGUUUAGCUUGAUUUCAUAGAUAAAAUAAUUGUAGCUCGUUGGCCGAAUGACAAAGUCAUGUGGUUUUUUUUUACAUUAUUCUAAGAGCCAUGUGGCAUGUGCAAAAUAUUCCUUAACAACAUAUUUAGGAUCUGCCAAAAUGCCAUAGAUUCUUUUUUAUAAAAUGACUGGAUUCUGAGUGUGUAUUUAAUAUUAUUUAGAUUAAUACGUAGGCAGUAGUCAAACAAUAAUUUUCACAUGACUAAGAGAUGAUUUUAAGUAGGUACUUUAUCUUAACUUAAAUGACCAUUUAUAAACUUUUUGGUCUAUAAAUGGUUCAUCAACUUCCCUUUUUGCAAUUGUCGAUCCAAACACAUUUUAUACACACCAGUACGCAUAUACGUUGUGAUGUUUGGCCACGUAAGUUAUAUGUAAGUCAUUCAGGGAGGUCGCGGGCCGGGGGAUUUUGUACUUUUUUAUAAAUGGGCAUAUAGUGCCCGAGUAAUACCUAAUGCCGGAGACUAAAUAGUCUAAAGUCAAAGGAAAACGUGCCGUAAACAAUUUUACUGCGAUUUUCUUAGGGCUCCUUUUGAAAUCUAAACUCGUAUUGACGGGCUGGGCGUUUUGAGGAGGGUUAUAUACAAAUCGGCUGAUAGUAUAAACAAAUUAGUUUCAUGUGAAUAGCCAAUUUGCCAUAUUCACGCACAUUAGUGCCGUAGCCAAAUGGUGUCCUGUCACGGUCGCCAUGUAAGCCUGAGCACAACCGAAUCAUGAGAAAAUAUUGAUUUAUUUGUAAUUAAGUGUUUAAAAUUAGAUUAUAUCAAGUCAACUUGUGGCUACGUUUUUAAUCCGACACACGCCACGUUUUUCUUUAAUUUUAUCGCUAUUACAUUAGUCUCUGUUAAAACAAAAACAAUGAGACAAAAUACUUUAUUCUGAUGCGUAAUUAAUAUCGUGCUGGCUAAAAGAAUCAUCAAAUUAUUUCGUCUCAUUGAGAUUGUUUUGCGUAGAAUAAAGUCUGAUUAGGAACGCGUAGACUGUUUCCGCAACUUUAGUCUUUUGACAACGAAUUAGGUCCCAGUGCGAGGGAGACGGUCGCAGUUCAAACUGACAUUCACAUUUUUAUUAAAGUCUAAUACCCACAACGCGGCCUUAUUGAGGUUACUGUGAGGCUGGGGCGAUUUGUUUAAGAUUCUCUUAUAAUAGUUACUUAUUUGAAAGCAUAGUUUCAAUUAUGAUUUUUAUAUCCCAGCCCAGAUACUAAAAUAACAGUUCAUUGACAAUAUGCAAAAUCAUUCCGAUUUUGUGCCAAUUUUGUACUAAAAUGACGGGUUGGUUGGACAGAAUCGGUCAAACGAACUAUAAUUUUUAGUAUCUGCCAUACCAUCCCACUAACCCGGGAUUAACCGGUUAAACUGUUAAUCUAGUGUCAAAUUUUACUGUAAACCAUGAUAACUUCAGGUUUAACCUGUUAACCCCGGGUUAGUGGAAUGGUGCAAAUGGGCCUUAUUAAAAUUAUAUUCAGUUAUUCAUAACACCAUCCAAAAUCAAAAUAAUACAUGACGAUACGUAUGCGUCAUAUCAUAGAUAAACGUAAAGCACUUAACAACAAAUCCAGGCAGCAUUUCCAUUAAAACUUUGACGCCCUGAGGAACAAAUAAAAUACACUUUUUUUUUUUUAAUUUAGCAUCAAGGUUUUUUGCCAUUGUCUUAAAAAAAGAUGUCGUUUGAACUGCGACGGGUAGGAUUGGAAUCUCAGAUUUCCGCUGAUGUGACUCUCACUAGUCAGAACGCCGGCAUCACAAUCAGCGCUUCGCUUUACAUUAUAACAUUUAUAACUGUCAGAUUAUACACCUUUUAUUUACCCGGUUAUCACACGGCGUGUGAGCGAGACAGCGCCACGUAUAUAGUGAUGUCUCGCUCAUAUCGGAGCGAUGUGAAUACCGCCUUAGUAUACGAGCGGGAAUCGUAUAUGUCUAGGUGAUUAAUAGUAGACCUAAUCUCAUUGCUUUAAGGUAUAAAAUAGUGGAACUACUUAAAUAACUUUUGAUAGUCAGGAAAAAGAACAAAAAAUAUAAUUUAUAACUUUAAUAUGGUAUGAAUAAAGAGUAAUACUAUAGGUUUGGGGAAAUUCUGUAAACAUUAGGGCAAGUGUAAGUACUCUAGAAAUAUAACCACUUAUUUAAAGAUGCACUUGUACAUAUUUAUGGCGAAUUUUGCUCGAUUAGAAAGGAAUCGGUGGAAGUGCAUCUCACCCUUGUAUUUUUAGAGUAUGUGCAUUUGCCCGCUGUUUUCCCCGACUGAUAAAACAUUGGUGUAUACGAUUCCCGUAUAUUUUUGUGUGAAAUGAACGACGGCAGCUGUUGUGUUGUUUUUUUUUUAUAUAUAUUUAUGUUAAUUUUGUAGAUAUUUUAAUUUUAACGCAAUAUAUCACAUCGACUUGUAUUUUGAACUGAUUUAUGAGUUUAGGGUGGAUGUAGUUGGUAUACAGUCGUGGAUAUUGACUGUACGAGGAACACUUGACUGCCCAUUAUGGACCUUGGUGCUUAGCCAACAUGCCAAUCGUUAACGCUCCGUAGCGUAGCGUAGUCGUCUCUCUAUCACUCUUCCAUAUUAGUCCGACAGUGACAGUUGCGUUUCGUUCGCUACGAAGCGUGAACUAUUGGCAUGUUGGCUACGCACCCUUGUCUAUUUUCGAUAAGGUUUACGAAUUGUGAGUUAGCAGUGGACGAUGGUACCUGGGAAUAAUCUUAAAUAUCGUGUGUCCAUGUGUCAAGUGUAAAAUUUUAUUGUUACAGUUUCAAAUAUAUGCUCGUAAUUUUAUGUCCUUAUUGUGGGCAGUUUAAUUUAAAUUCUAACUAAUCCUAGCAACUACAGGAUUGUGUAUCGUCCAAGUAAGAGCUCCAAACAAAAUUAGUAUCUUUAGAGUAUAUUCGGAUACUUGUAUUGUAAAAAUUCCAUUACAUCAUGAAAAAAAAAAAUGAGUUAAAACCCCAGAAACAUCUUACUUGGUAGUUGCGAAUAAAAAUGACUUCAUUGGUAUCCAAAUGUACCCUCAAAGAAAUUCUAGAAGUGUAUCAGGUCAGGUGGGGUAAAAGGAACAUAGUUUAUUUUGCACGGGGUAAGAAAUAUAAUAUUAUUCCAAAUUGUGGCCAUUUUUUUAGCAUCAGGCUUGAAAAUACUAGUCAUUCUAAGUGCGACGAACCCAAAAAGUAAAAAAACCGAUGCCCAUUUUUUAAAUCAUGCCCCGGUGUUCGUUUUACACCGUCUGUCCUAUUGGCAGCGAUUACAUUUUGUACCGACACUUUCAAUUGAAAUAGAUUAUUUUUAUACAACAUUUUGCUUAGCAGCGACGUGCACCAAGAUUAGGGUUUUGUAUGUAGAAUAAGCUAGAACUGUAUAGAACGAUCUCUAUGCGACGCGCACUGAAUGAGUGUCGCAUAUAUGCUAUAGUUGUGUUAACACUUGUUGCACGCGAAGCAAUUAGAAAAAGAGACAGGACGCAGCCGGCCGCAGGUAGGUGUGACAGAGAGCACACUACGUAUUCGCGUGCAGCGACGGUUUGACACAACUAUAGCUCAAGAGGGUGUUUUUCGUUCGCUUUCAGUAUCUUAUACAAGCAUUUAUUUUCGAUAUAUUCAGAUCAGGGAUGUCUCGAAUGUGGCAUUCUUCACAUUCGCGAAUGCGGAUCCGAAUGUCCAGGAUGCGAAUGUUAGGGAAUAUGUAGUUAUUAUUAUCAUUCCUAAUUAGAAAAAAAAACUGUUAGUACAUAAAACAAAAUGUUACAGUGUUGAAAAAUGAUGUCUGCUGGUCAAAUAUUACUUGAAAACCGUGUGCGCGCAUCCAUACGCGAGUCAACGAGACAGGACACGACCUGCGCACAUUCGCAUUCAUUUGUUACGAAUGUUUCAAAUGACGCUAAUAUUGAAUGCGAAUAUUCGUGAUAUCCCUAGUUCAGAUUUUAAAAUGAACAGUAUUUAAGUGAGACUCCACAGUACCUUUUCGAUUUGAGUCUGAUAUCUUGAGUUGAGACAUCUGUGUUGGAAAACAUCCUUCUGGUUUUGAAUACGAUUGUGAGUUUGGCAUUGGACUUGGGGUUUUGAAAAAUGAGUCAAUAAUAACAAAAAUAUACUUUAAAGUGAAACUAGAUGUAAAGUAUUGAAAAAAAGUUAUAACAGUUAUGUAAACACUCAACAUUUAACGCUAUUUACGAACACAGUGAUUCAAAGACAUUUUUAAAUGAGUAAAUUUGAAUAGUGUUUGUUUCUGAUGAUUGAUGUUGUCAAACCUCAAAUUGUAUGCCAAACGUCUGAUUAGAUCUUUUUGAUAUAUUUAACAGGUUUUGUACUUGGUAAUGUAGAAUGACGAAUGUAGUGUUGUACAUAUUUUAUAUGAUACCAUAUUAUUGACCAUGAUAUUUAAUAAAUAUCACAACUUACAAACCCUUUAACGCCACAUUUAGGAAAAAACACUUUUAGAUCGAAAAAACAUUUUGAAACCGAAAUGUUUCGUAGAAAUGUCAAAUCACUAAGGUAUAAUGCUUCAGAAAGACGCAUUUUGAAAACAUAUACCUAAAUACAUGACUUGAGCAAGGAAUUAUCUUGCAAAAGAACAUUGCGUAUGAUACUAAAUUUAAGUCCCAUAUAUUUAAAUCUGCAUUUCAGGAAAUGGCUAGGUUAUCUAUCUAAAAAAGAAAAUUAUUGGCUUAACUUUCAUAAAAGCGCUUAAAACGUAACAAAGGUUUAAAACCGAUUAACGUAUUAACAUUAAUGAUUAACAAAACUAAAUUGCUGUUUGACUUAAAAGUGUGUUAAUUUGAACACACAGCCGCGUCUUUUUUGCCUUCAUACAUAUUAUAUGGAGCGUAUUAUGUACAGCUCAUGAUAGAAAUUGACAAAUGCGUGUAUAAAAGGAUGGUUGUAACAAAUUCUAAAUUGCAUUAGUCUUCCUAUUUCGAUAGCGUUCGGCACAAAUACUUACGGGUCACAAAAACGACAGGUGUCUGUCAUAAUAGUUACUAAACGUACAUUUGACAUUUCAUAGCACUAACGUAUCCUAAAGUACGAUUCCUACCGAACGGGCAGAUUUCACAUUUGAACGGCCGCAAGCCGGUCGCCUCCUCGCGGACGCGGACGGCUCCGGACGUAUUCCAUCGGUACUACCAUACAUAAUGCAAAGGCACAAAAUGCGCUUCAGCGCGGCCUGACUCCAGCUGGUCGGUGGGGAUUUAGAAUCUUACAUUAAAGUUUCACACUCGACUUUAAAUCGCGCGGUUAGUAAAUCAAAAUACCGACGGUUUGAUAUCUAGUGUGGCACAGAUUAAAAAGGAAGCUUUACUUAAACAUUGCCAAAAGUAGAGGAAUUACGCAAACUUACAUUCCUAAGCUUACACUAAAAUAAACUGACAUAUUCGAUGUACAUUUCAAAACAAAUUUGUACCUUAAUUAUAACUCAAUUAGGUGCAUUUUUGUUUUUAAAAUUGUAAAGUUUAUGGUCAUUUCGGUACCAAAGUACCACCGGAUUGAAGCUAUCUGUAUUAAAGUAAGGUUAGAAUUAUAGAGUGAUUGAGUUUUUUUUUAUUUUUGUAUUGCUCAAAGUGUAAUUUAAUUUGUAACCAUGUGUUUGUACGUUUUCGUGUAUAUUCCCGUAACGAUGAUAUGAUACCAUUGUAAGUGCAGUGUAUAAUAUUUAACUAUAUAAUUUAUUUAUUAAUUUGCAAAA